CGGUUGUCAGUUUGGCUUGGCUUCAGUGGGGCUUCAGGAGGAAAUUCACGUUUGUACCUCGAAAUCCUCCAUUUUAUCCCUUGUUCGAUUAAUUUCGCGAGUUUCUAAGUUUUUCCACCUAUUUUCCCUGUUAAAUAGCAAAUAUGAAGAGGGAAAGAGACUCAGGAAACGAUAAAUCCGAACCGGAACAGUUAAGAAAACUGUUUAUCGGAGGACUGGACUUUCGUACAACAGACGAGUCCCUAAAAAAGCACUUUGAGCAAUGGGGUGAAAUCGUCGAUGUGGUGGUCAUGAAAGACCCUACGACCAAAAGAAGCAGGGGCUUCGGCUUCAUUACGUAUUCCAAGGCUCAUAUGGUCGACGAUGCCCAAAAUGCUAGACCCCAUAGGGUCGAUGGGAGGGUGGUGGAACCGAAAAGGGCGGUACCGCGUCAGGACAUCGGUCGUCCGGAAGCCGGUGCAACUGUCAAAAAACUGUUUGUCGGCGGUCUUAAGGAGGAGGUCGAGGAGGAGGACCUGAAGGACCAUUUUAAGACCUACGGCACCAUUUUGUCUUGCACCAUUGUCGUUGACAAGGAGACCAAGAAGAAGCGAGGGUUCGCCUUUAUCGAAUUCGAAGACUACGACUCGGUUGAUAAAAUCGUUUUGCAUCGAGGCCACACCAUCAGGGGCAAAGCGGUGGACGUAAAAAAGGCCCUGAACAAGAACGACAUGCAACAGAACCAAAUGGGGGGCGGUCCGCCGAUGGGAGGCCGAGGGGGCGGCAGGGGACACAUGGGCGGCCGAGGGGGGCGUGGCGGAAUGCACCAAGGGGGGGCACCGGGAGGAGGUUACGGCGGAGGACAUCAAAUGGGGGGCGGCGGUCCUUGGGGGGGACCCCAGGGCGACAACGGGUGGGGCGGGCAGCAGAACAACCAAUGGGGUCCGCCUCAGCAGGCUCAGCAGCAACCCGCCCCCUGGCAGAACAGCGGGGGCGGCGGCUGGGAUCAGGGUCAGCAGCAGCAACCGACCCCGUGGGGGCCUCCCGCUCAGGCCCCGCCCCAGCAGGGGUACAAUCAGGGGCCCAUGGUUGGAGGUUACAAUACUGGAGGAAACUGGGGAAAUCCGAUGCAAGGAGGGGGUGGAGUGCAGGCGGGUGGUCCCCCGAUGGGGGGCGGUAAUUUCGGUAAUAAUUACCAGCAGGGGUAUGGGGGCGGCGCCGUGAGGAAUAAUUAUCAGCAACAGAGACCUGCGCCUUACAGUAAGUUUUAGUUUAAUUUUUUUUUA